AUGUCUGAAGUACAAGGAACGGUUGAGUUUUCUGUAGAGCUACAUAAAUUUUAUAAUGUGGAUCUCUUUCAGAGAGGGUAUUACCAGACCCGAGUGACCUUGAAGGUGUCGUCAAGGAUCCCUCACAGACUGAGUGCUUCCAUCGUCGGGAAGACAGAGAGCAGCAGCCUGCAUUCAGCCUGUGUCCAUGAGAGCACUGUGCACAGCCGGGUCUUCCAGAUCUUAUACAGGAAUGAAGAGGUACCCAUAAAUGAUGCGGUGAUCUUCCGAGCUCAUUUGCUCUUAGAUGGUGAAAGGGUGGAAGAUGCACUGAGUGAAGUCGAGUUUCAGCUCAAGGUGGACCUACACUUUACAGACAGUGAACAGCAGCUGAGGGAUGUAGCUGGUGCACCAAUGAUCAGCAGUCGUACACUUGGUCUGCACUUCCACCCUCGGAGGGGUCUACACCACCAGGUCCCUGUCAUGUUCGACUACUUCCACCUGUCGGUGAUCUCAGUGACCAUUCAUGCUGCCUUGGUGGCUCUGCAGCAGCCCCUGAUCAGUUUUACUCGUCCGGGAAGAGGCUCCUGGCUUGGUAAAGGAGGCCCAGAGGCAGGACAAGAGCAGUCCAUCAUUUCUCUGGAAAACCUGGUCUUUGGAGCUGGAUACUGCAAGCCGACUUCCUCGGAGGGAAGCUUCUAUGUCCCCUCAGAGAACUGCAUGCAGCAUGCACAUAAGUGGCACCGUGACCUGUGCCUCCUGCUCCUACAUGCCUACAGAGGACUUCGCCUCUAUUUCCUGGUCAUCAUGAGGGACAUCCCAGAGCUGCCACAGAUGGAGCUGGAGGCCCUUGGUGUUGAAGAAACACUCUCUCAGCUGUGCUCAGAGCUACAGUUGCUGAACAAUCCAGAGAAGAUAGCUGAGCAGAUCAGCAAGGAUCUUGCUUGGCUCGCUUCCCACCUGAUGGCUCUGUGGACUCAAUUCCUGGACACAGUGACGCUGCACUCACAAGUGACCACUUACCUCACCCAGGAGCAUCACGCCUUGAGGGUCCGAAGGUUUUCUGAGGCCUUCUUUUAUAUGGAGCACCAAAAACUGGCAGUCUUGACCUUUCAGGAAAAUCUGAUACAGACCCACAGCCAGCUGUCCUUGGACAUCCGGAAUUCGGAGUACCUCACCAGCAUGCCCCCACUGCCCGCAGAGUGCCUGGACAUCGAUGGUGACUGGAAUACCCUACCUGUUAUCUUUGAGGACAGAUAUGUGGACUGCCCCAUGACAGGGCAUAAUUUGAGUGUUUAUCCUAAUUUUGAUGUUCCAAUGAAACAUCCUUCAAUAACGAAUCUAAAAGAAAAAGAAGAGAACCGUAUUGAAAAUCAAAAAUCAGCUUUUAGGGAAGAUCUUGUCUUGUCUACUGUGAAACCACCCCAAAUGGACUUUGAAGAGGUUAGUAGCUGUCCAAAGCCAGAUGAGAAUGUAACCACACAAAAUCACGUGGAUGUCUGCUCUGAAUCUCAGGUGUAUCUGACAAUUGGUGAGUUCCAGAACAAAGCAGGAGUGCCUGAAAAUGAAUGUUGGACUAGCCAGAGUUCUGAUGUUAGAACUUACCCACCAGCAGAUGUGGACAUGCCAAGAAGGAGUCCAGGGCCAGAAGAUGGACAGGGCCCAGCACUGACCUACAUUGAUGUGAAGUCUACCAAUAAGAACCCCCACAGACCUGAACCCAUGGAGUUCCUUAGUGCUCAGCAUGAGCAUAGAAGCUCUAAAGAAAAUAGUUGUUUCCAUAGGACUGUGCCAAGCAAAGUGGUAGCAGAUGCAUGUCACCAAAAUGCCAUCUCUUCAGAAAAAACAACUCUCCCUGAGGUUAGUACUCUAGGAAGGACAGCAGACCAAGAGGGUAAGCAGGUUCUGCUGAGCCUGAGGCUUACCCCUGCUGAGCCCUGUGGCCCACUGACCUCUACUCUGAGGGAGCCCCUGGAUACUUGGUCUUCCCUGCAGGACCCUCACACAGAAGAGCAAGAAGACCUGUCAAUGAUGUCUGGGGUCAUUAAGAGGUCUUCUUCCAUCAUAUCUGAUUCAGGCAUUGAGAGUGAGCCAAGCUCGGUCACCUGGUCAGAGGCCCGAAGCAGAGCACUGGAGUUACCCAGUGAUCGAGAAAUCGUGCACCAGAUGGCUCGAAGACAUGCCCUCCACAGGAAUUCCUUAGAAGGGGGGCAUACAGAGAGCAAUAGCAGUUUGCCUAGUGGCGUCCAGGCUUCUCUUACCUCCAUUAGCUCUUUGCCUUUUGAAGAUGAGGAGCGGGAGUUAGCACUCACUAAGCUAACCAAAUCAGUAUCUGCACCCCAAAUCAGUAGCCCUGAGGACACAACUGAACAUGAAGACUCCAAGAAGAAUCAGGCAGACUUUGCUGAAGACUCUGAUACACAUGGAAAGAGCAACAAUUGCCAUGGACACAACACUCAAUUUUGCAGUAGUUCCAGAAUCCAGGAUGAUGGUGCAGGUCAUUCCCUUAGGGACAAACCACAGAGCCCUGGGUACAUGGACAUCCCCAAAGGCACAGGCAGUCAAUUUGAUCCUCAAGGACCCUGUCGUGUAGAUGGCAGGACUGAGAACAUUCCAGGUUUUGAAACCAAAGGUCUUAACUUAAAAAUACCACGUGUCAUAACGUUGGAAAAUCCUAGGACCAGGUGUUUUCAUAGAGCAUUAGUGGAAACUUCAAAGGACAGAGCUAAAGACUUGAAUGUGGGCAAACACAUUACCUCUAACAGCAGCAUCUCAGAGGCUGGCAGUGUGUCUUACCAUAAGGUGCCUGAAUUCAGCUGCACUUCGGCUGCUGAUUCCAUUGGCCUGCGUUCUACAGGCACACAAAGAGGUUCACCGUGCAUGAUUGAUGAGGCGAUGUUGAAUACUGGACCUAAUGCCUUCCUGGAGGUGGAACAUGAAGCAGGCACUAUGUGCCCCACUGUGACUCACUCCAUUUCCUCCCAAGUUUUGCGAAACCAAGAGCUGAAGGCAGGCACUUCCAUCAUGGGGUCCUCCUUCACCUCUGCAGAGUCCUUUACUCUGGACAGCCUGAAGACUGUGGAGGUUGUAAACUUAUCUGUGUCUUGCACUGCCACAUGUCUCCCUUUCUCAUCUGUGCCCAAGGAAACUCCUGCCAGGGCUGGAUUCUCUUCCAAACAGACUCCAGUCCCCAUCACUCAUCAACCUUUAGGUUCCUUUGGAGUUGUAUCUUCCCAUUCCAGCAAGUUGGAGGAAGAAGUCAGCGAGAGAAUGUUUAGUUUUUAUCAGGCCAAAGAAAAAUUUAAAAAAGAACUGAAGAUUGAAGGAUUUCUGUACAGUGACUUAUCUGUACUAGCUUCUGACAUGCCAUAUUUCCCACCAGAGGAAGAGGAAGAAAACUUGGAAGAUGGGAUUCACCUGGUUGUCUGUGUCCAUGGCUUGGAUGGGAACAGUGCAGACCUCCGGUUGGUCAAGACUUUCAUAGAACUGGGGCUCCCUGGAGGAAAACUGGACUUCCUAAUGUCUGAAAAGAAUCAGAUGGACACAUUUGCAGAUUUUGAUACCAUGACGGAUCGUUUAUUGGAUGAAAUCAUUCAACACAUUCAAUUGUACAAUCUCUCCAUAUCCCGAAUUAGCUUCAUCGGCCAUUCUCUUGGCAACAUUAUCAUCCGAUCAGUCCUCACACGGCCCCGAUUCCGGUAUUACCUCAAUAAACUCCACACAUUCCUGUCACUGUCUGGGCCUCACCUGGGGACCCUAUAUAACAACAGCACCCUGGUUAGUACAGGCCUGUGGCUCAUGCAGAAACUGAAGAAGUCAGGGUCCCUUUUGCAGCUCACCUUCAGGGAUAACACUGACUUACGCAAAUGUUUCCUCUACCAACUAAGCCAAAAAACAGGACUGCAGUACUUCAAAAACGUCGUCCUGGUGGCUUCUCCCCAAGAUCGCUAUGUGCCAUUUCAUUCAGCCAGGAUCGAAAUGUGUAAAACUGCACUCAAAGACAGACACACAGGGCCAGUUUACGCAGAAAUGAUCAACAACCUCCUGGGCCCUUUAGUGGAAGCCAAGGACUGCACUUUGAUCCGACACAAUGUGUUCCACGCCUUGCCCAACACUGCCAACACCUUGAUCGGCCGCGCAGCUCACAUCGCGGUGCUGGAUUCAGAACUUUUCCUAGAGAAGUUUUUCUUGGUAGCAGGACUCAACUAUUUCAAGUAGUGGCUGUGAGGGAGCUGGCCUGGGGUAACUCACCAGAAUUGUUUAAUUGAGCUCUUUAGGAAGGACAUGCUUUUACAGACUUCUUCAUUCCAGGGUAGAGCUGCAGGAGGAUGACUGAAGAGGAGGGAUGGAGGCUGGGGUGGGAUUGGACCAUGAGGUGCUUUCAUUUCAGACAUUUGGGAAAGCUAAACAAACAGUGUAAAUGACAAC